AUGAGUUGGGCCUUUUCAACCUGGCUUGAGGUCGAGGGAGAUUGCAAAGAACAUGGUGAGCUCACCACUCGACCAAAGCCCAAAUCUAGUCUGACAAUUGUCAUCAAGCUAGGAACUUCUUCUAUCGUCUCCCCCGCUUACCCUUUCCUACCACAUCUUCAACUUCUUUCUUCCAUAGUUGAGACAUGUGUCAACCUUCGCGAGCUCGGACAUAAGGUGGUCAUAUGUUCCUCCGGGGCCAUCGGUGUGGGGCUGAGACGGAUGGGUUUGAAAGAGAGGGGUAAGCUCCUAAGUCAGAAACAGGCAUUGGCAGCUGUUGGUCAAGGAAGACUCAUAGCGCUCUGGGACAAUCUUUUCUCCCAACUUGAUCAGCCUAUCGCGCAGAUAUUAUUGACCAGAACGGAUAUUUCAGACAGAACUCGAUAUCUGAACGCUCAGAAUACCUUCAAUGAAUUACUGGCGAUGGGGGUGCUUCCUAUCGUUAAUGAAAAUGACACUGUGUCGGUUUCUGAAAUCAAAUUUGGCGACAAUGACACACUUUCCGCCAUAACGAGUGGUAUAGUGCACGCGGAUUACCUAUUCCUUCUUACGGACGUCGACUGUCUAUAUACGGACAAUCCGAGACAUAAUCCCGAUGCCAAACCUGUGAGGGUAGUGAGAGACAUUGAGAAAAUCAAAGAGCAGGUCUCGGUGAAGACCUUGGGUACCUCUCUUGGCACAGGAGGAAUGUCCACAAAACUCAUAGCUGCCGAGUUGGCCACCGCAGCUGGCACUACCGCCGUCAUUAUGAAUUCGAACAAGGUAUCUGACAUUUUUGGUGUCAUUGAGAAUGGCGUGGGACCUAGUCGGGAGGAAGCGGAUACGCCUGGCCUUGAUGAAGGUCCACUGUGUACGCGGUUCCUCCGACGAGAGGUGGCUUUGAAAGAUCGUAAAUGGUGGAUCACUCAUGGAUUGCAUGCAGCUGGCACUGUAGUAAUCGACGAAGGAGCGCUCCGAGCCAUCAGUCGAAAAGAAUCCGGGGGUCGUCUACUUCCAGCCGGAGUUGUACGUGUCGAAGGUGGUCCCUUUGCUUCUCAUCAAGCAGUCCGUAUUGUUGUCCGUCGACGUCGACGUCCAAGAUCCAUAACCGUCGAACCCCCUACUCGUUCAUCUCUUGAUGGCUCCCCUGAUACUCCAUCUCGUAUGAUCACUCCCGCUUCCCCUUCUUCCUCAUCACCCUCAUCCAUCACAAGACAUAUACAUCAUCUUCUUGACCCUCUCACCGUGUCAGCCUCUGAAUCCGGUUCGAUAUCCAUAACAGGUGAUCAUCCCAUUCCUGACACUCCAACACUUCGACCUAUUGCCAAUGCGAUGAGUGUUCCCUUUGCCGGAUUUGGAGCACUGGGAGAGGGUAAGGAUGAUGAAUGGGAAGAAGUGGAGGUUGGAAAGGGUCUGGCGCAGUAUAAUUCAGUGGAGAUUGAUAGGAUCAAAGGGUUGAAGAGUAGUCAUAUAGAACAUGUUUUGGGGUAUAGUGAGUCGGAACAUGUGGUGGACUCCAUUACGAUUUUCUGAGCGGAUCUGACGGGGGGUUGGGAGGGGGGGGACCAUGUCAUCCGGGUUGAGGAGUCGGGCCAAGUUAUCGAACUUUAUGGUCGGGUGGUUAUAGAAAGGAUAGCACGAUAGCAUCAC